AUGAAAGAUGGAGAGAGAAGAGCAGAAGGCAAUGAUUCCAUAGUGAAAGAAUUUGUCCUGCUGGGAUUCUCUGACCUUCCAAACUUCCAAGGGUUCCUAUCUGGGGUGUUUUCCAUUAUUUAUAUAAUUAUCCUUACUGGAAACAGCCUCAUAAUCAUAAUAACCAUGGUUGACCCUACUCUACAGAAACCCAUGUAUUUUUUCCUGGCAAAUUUUUCCUUCCUGGAAAUUGGUUAUGUAUCAGUCACUCUGCCUAGAAUUCUUUUCAGCAUUUGGACUGGGAUUAGGACGGUGUCUCUACCUGUCUGUGCAACUCAGCUGUGCUUCUUCCUGAUCCUUGGGACCAAUGAAAGUUUCCUGCUGGGUGUGAUGUCCUAUGACCGCUAUGUGGCCAUCUGCAACCCUCUCCACUACCCUCUAGUCAUGAACCCAAAGAAGUGCAUUCAGCUGGCAGCCGCAGCCUGGCUCAGUGCAAUGCCAGUCCAGACAGGACUAACAUGGCAUAUAUUCUCUCUGCGUUUCUGUCAUUCCAACCAAAUUGACCACUUCUUCUGUGACAUACCUCCUAUACUCAAGCUGGCCUGUGGGGAUACAUUUAUGUACGAAUUGUCUGUCUACAUAGUAGCAAUUCUCUGUGCUGUGGUCCCUUUCUGGUUGGUCCUUGCUUCUUACAGCAAAAUCAUUUCCACCAUUCUAAGGCUACCUUCUGCCCAAGGACGGGGCAAGGCCUUCUCCACCUGUUCCUCCCACUUACUGGUUGUGGUUUUGUUUUAUGGAUCUGCCAGCAUUACCUACUUCAGGCCCAAAUCCACUUAUUCUGCAGGACUUGACAAACUCUUCUCUCUGUUCUAUACCAUUUUUACUCCUAUGAUGAAUCCAUUGAUAUACAGCCUUAGAAACAAGGAGGUGAUAAUGGCAUUACGGACAUUAAUACUAAAAUAA